AUGGCACUUGGAAGAGUGCUAACGAAAUUUAGAUGUAACGGUGGAUGGCCCAUCAAAGCUUUGGAAUACUUUGUCCAAACCGGUGUUGUCUCGGGAGGACUUUACGGCACAAAGGAUGCAUGCAAACCGUACGAAAUCCCACCGUGUGGUUUCCACCAAAAUCAGACUUUCUAUCGUAAUUGCACUCAAACAGUCCACACACCUGCAUGCAAAACUACGUGUCAAGCCGGGUAUCCAAUUCCUUACCCCGAAGACAAAAUCUACGGAAAAUCUGCGUACAGUGUGUCGAGCUCAGCGCGUGCCAUUCAGCGGGAGAUUAUGACACAUGGACCGAUCGUGGCUGCUUUCACUGUCUAUGAAGACUUUUUGCAUUACAAGAGCGGGAUUUACAGGCACACCGCUGGUGCUAUGAAAGGUGGUCAUGCUGUGAAGAUUCUUGGAUGGGGAGUGGAAAAUGCUGUGCCCUAUUGGCUUGUGGCUAACUCGUGGAACACUGAUUGGGGAGAGAACGGCUAUUUCCGUAUACUUCGUGGAACGGAUGAAUGCGGAAUUGAAGAUGAUGUGGUCGCUGGAAGAGUCUAG